CGAAAUAUCUUCUCCUUUUGUCAAAAGGGGGCAUUUUUACGAAUACUGUCAAAGACUGUGAUGUCGUCGUGAACACCAUCAUCAACUCGCCUGUCCGCAUUUAGCUUUUAGGCUACAGUAGUAAGCGGCUGGCUACCAGAUCGAUCACGACUAUGUUUUUUUCCAUGGAUAGAGAGAGCAGAGAAAUUAACUCGGAGUAAAAUACAACACAACAGUCAAAUCACUACUAUGGAGCAAUGCACCGGCGAACAUGCAGAUCAGACGCUUGACAUGUCAACCAUUGGGAACUUGGAUGAUACCUCUAAUCUCUUGGGGACUCCAUGGUUCGACGCAUCCAACGAUAACAAUCCCCAGUAUGCGCUCAACGAAAGUGCAGAGUACCUACCCAGAUACCUAAAUGAUCCGACUCUGGUCGAAUGGUCUGAGCCUCUGUUCUCUCAACUGUAUGCGACACCCCAGCAGGACCCGUCAUUCACAAGCGUCACGACUCCGUCAAACAGUUUCGAGUUCAAUUCCGAAUCUUGCGUGCCUCAACUACGAUCAGAAUCUACAAACUUACCGAGCGCUGCCAGUACCAUCGAGUAUCAUCCAGAGUCAUCACAGGAGCUUAAUCACUCGGAAAUCACCUAUGUGCCGAGCUCCCCAGAGGAUAUCGAGCACUACCGCCCUCUGCCACCACAGCCUGAAGCAAAGAAGCGCAGGGUGAGCUCCAGUGUCCAGAGCACGAUGAGUCUGCCUGACGAUAUCCUCACCGCGAGUGUCCAGAGAGAAUCAGAAGCUCGCCCGCCCACCAAAAGGCGCGACACGGCCAACAAGACGGAUAUCCCAUACCUCAAGAAGGUCAGGGAGAGGAACAAGCGGGCUGCGACAAAGGUCCGCCUGAAGCAGCGAGAAACCGAAAAGAGCCUCGCGUCCGCCGAGAAGGACCUGCAAGAGAAGAACCACAGGCUGACAGAUUGUGUCAAAGAGCUAACUCAUCAGAUCCAUGACCUCAAGAUGCAGUUGCUACAGCAUGGGACCUGUGACUGUACUCUUAUUCAGGAGUACAUUGGUAAUGAAGCGAAUCGCUACGUUCAAGAAACGAGUGGAUAGGCAAGGACUAUACUAAUUUCUUUUGUUUAUAUAAGAUCUAGAAUGUUAUAAUGGCCUCUUCAUUUGAGACUUUGCCUUAUAAGACCAUAGCAAUUAUCUGAAUUUGCAUUCAACCCCAAUGCCUAUAAGCUAAGGUCGUCACAAAGAACAUGUUUUUGUCUAAAGCCGGACUAUUACUCGAGCAUCUUUUCUCUCCUGC